UCCGCCCAUACCCGGAAGUACGUCUCCCACAAUGGUUGGAGCAGGCGAAGGGGCGCUUUCCGGGUAGCGGCUUCUCGUACACAGGGGCGGUCAUGGCGGCAGCGACCGAGCUGCAAGGGAAGUACCAGAAACUAGCGCAGGAAUAUUCCAAGCUUCGAGCUCAAAAUCAAGUAUUGAAAAAGGGUGUAAUGGAUGAGCAGGCAAACUCAGCAGCUCUAAAGGAACAAAUGAAAAUGAAAGACCAAUCACUCAGGAAGCUGCAACAGGAAAUGGAUAGUUUGACUUUUCGAAAUCAGCAGUUGGCCAAGAGAGUAGAGCUGCUUCAAGAUGAACUUGCAUUAAAUGAAUCUAAAGGCAAGAAGAACAAGAAAAGUGGUGACUCUGUAUCUCAGUUGAGUCAAGAACAGAAAAACGUCUUUGGUGAAGAUCUUCAAAAAAAGAUAGAAGAAAAUGAGAGGUUACAUAUUCAGUUCUUUGAGGCAGAUGAGCAACAUAAGCGCUUAGAAGGUGAGCUGAGAAGCAGACUUGAAUUUUUAGAGAUGGAGACUGCACAGCAUCAAGCUGUGGUGGAUGGCCUUACUAGGAAGUACAUGGAUACAAUAGAAAAGCUGCAAAAUGAUAAAGCGAAGUUAGAAAUCAAAUCUCAAAGCCUAGAGAAGGAAGCCAAGGACUGCAGAGGUCGAACAGAAGAGUGCCAGCAGCAACUACAGCAUCUUCAUAGAGACUUGGGUAGCAGAUUGGAUGAGUCUUUACAAAUUAUAAGUGAAAAAGUACCUUUCAAUGAUACAAGAUCUAGCCAGUAUAAUGCUCUGAAUGUGCCGUUACAUAAUCGACGUAGGCAAUUGAAACUUCGUGAUCUUGCUGGUCAAGCUCUGGCCUUUAUCCAGGAUUUAGUGACAGCUCUCCUUAAUUUCCACACCUACACUGAGCAGCGAAUUCAGAUUUUCCCCAUUGAUUCUGCCACAGAUACCAUUUCACCAUUAAAUCAGAAGUUCUCACAGUACCUUCAUGAAAAUGCGUCCUACAUUCGCCCACUGGAGGAAGGAAUUCUGCAUUUGUUUGAGAGUAUCACAGAAGACACCAUCACAGUGCUGGAAACAACUACGGAAUUAAAAACUUUUUCUGACUACUUAACAUCUUAUGUCUGCUUUCUCAGGAAGAUUCUUCCUUAUCAGUUGAAAAGUUUGGAAGAAGAGUGUGAAUCUUCUCUUUGCACAGCUGCAUUAAGAGCCAUGAAUAUGAACCUGCAAAAUGAUAUGAAGAAGCUGACGGCAAUCUUUGAGAAGCUGCAUACAUACAUUAGUCUUCUAGCCUUACCCAGCACAAAAGCAGAUCACCUGGUUCGAACGAACUUCAACUCUGUGUUUACAUGCAUUGCUUCAGCUCUUAAUGGAUUUCAUGAAGUUAUGAAAGAUAUUUCUAAGCACUUUAGUCAAAAAGCUACCUUGGAACAUGAGCUCCCUAUAGCCACUCAGAAGCUCAUCACCACCAAUGAUUGUAUCUUAUCCUCUCUGAUGGCAUUAACUAAUGCAACAGGCAAGAUUGCUUCAUUCUUCUGUAAUAAUUUAGAUAGUUUCACACUAUCACUGAGUUAUGGACCUAAAGGAGGAAUGGCAUUUAUCAACCCCCUCUCAGCUGAGUGCAUGCUUCAGUAUAAGAAGAAAGCAGCUGCCUACAUAAAACUUCUGAAGAAGACUUGUCCUGAUUCAGUGCCUUAUGAAGAGGCUUUGGCCAAUCGCAGGAUUCUUCUGAGUUCCACUGAGAGCAGAGAAGGCCUCGCACAGCAGGUCCAGCAGAGUUUGGAAAAAAUUGCAAAAUUGGAACAAGAAAAAGAGCAUUGGAUGCUGGAGGCCCAGCUAGCCAAAAUUAAGUUAGAGAAAGAGAAUAAAAAAGUAUCUGAAAAGGCCAGAACUUCUUUAGGCAACCAGCUGAUUGAAGCAACCACAGAAAAUUCCUUUGUGUUAAAUGCAGUGGAACAAGAGAAGGAUGAUGGUGCAGAAAAAACACUGAGAGAGCCAGUUCAGAGUACAAGUUUGAUUGGAAUGCUAACAGUGACCACUGGAAAUGAAGAGAUUCCAGAAGCUGAUACCAGGGAAGAUUUGAUAAAGAACCACUAUAUGGCAAGAAUAAUAGAUCUUACAUCUCAGCUGCAGCUUGCUGAUAGCAAGUCUGUACAUUUUCACGCGGAGUGCCGAGCACUUGUAAAACGGCUUACUCUAGCAGAGAACGCAAAAGAAUCAUCAUUGGAAAAAAUGAAAUCAACAAGACUUAAUAUCAGCAAGUUACAGGAUGAACUGGCAACAACCAAGAGAAGCUACGAAGAUCAGUUAAGCAUGAUGAGUGACCACCUUUGCAGUAUGAAUGAAACCUUAACCAAACAACGGGAAGAGAUAGAUACAUUAAAACUGGCUAACAAAGGAAAUUCCAAGAAGAACAAAAGCCGAUAGUAUUGGUUGGCUAGCUGUUUUUACAAUUAUGCUGCUGCAGAGAAAACACCGAUGCUGGGACUGGAUUUCAGUUGUCUGGAUCCAGGCAAAUCACCUGUUGCCUGGAUAUGGCUGUAAUUCAGUUUAGGCUUUGAUGUUAUCCAUAAAAUUGAAACCACACUGGCUUUGUUAGCCAGCAAAAUCUAAACUGAACUUGGUGUGAUCAGAAACACAGGCUGGAAAAUGAAUACUGUAUGGAUAGCAUGUAUAGAACUUAACCAUAAUUUUUUAUCCUACACUUCGGAUAAGUUUUAAUUUCCAUCUCCAAACUUCUUCAAUUGUGUAUGUUUUGAUGCAUACUAGAUGAACAGAUUGGGCAUCAAUGCAGUAGUUGUCUUUUCUUCCACUCCUGCUCAUCCAUUCUUGUCUACAAGAAAUAACCAACAAAACCGGAUACAUCAAGACUUUUUUGGCAUUGUCCAACUGUACAAUUAUUAUAGUAUGUCUUAUAACAACUUUAGAUUUUCUAAGAGAGGCAGCCUCAAAAAUGCUUAUACUGAAACAUUCAAUACAAUGUGACUAAUACAAAUUCCUAUUAAUUGUAAUGAACAAUUGAACAUGUACAAUAGUUGUCUUUUGAAAUGAAGGAGAGAAAGAGGGCCAGAGAAGGAGUUAAUGUAAAAUUGUGAUGGACCUUUCUCUUAUUUUUGUUUGUCUUACUUAUUUUUCACACAAAAACGAUUACUAAGAAAUCACUCUUGCCAGCUGGAAUAAGAUGCAGAGAGGAAAAACACUGAAAAGGUCAUCAGAUAAAGGCUGGUAUAUAAGAUAAGAUAUAAUAAGUUACUGAAUUAGUAAAGCUGUGUACAGAAGGACUGCUGUGGAAUUUGAUGAACCAAGAAUACACCCUAAGAGAUGCAGUGCAGAGAUUUGGGGAUUUGUUUGCAUCUCUGCCUACAUUUCUACAUCGUAGUUUGUUAUUUUCCCUAUCCUGUUCAAGUCUUCUUGAGAAUAGUGGCUUGAAUCUUGAGAUUCAUACUACUUCUUUCAUAGAGAUAUUUGUUUUCAUAUUCUAGCAGACUUCUAAAAGUCUUAUCUGGCCCUAUUAGAGGCUGAAUCAAUCCUUGCUUGAUUGCUCUCUGGAAUUUGAAAUUGUCAUCUAAAUAUACUGAUAUUUCUAUUCACUUUUUUUUUUUUUGCAAGGGUUCACUCAAACCAGGAAUUCACAGAAACAUUCACUACUGUAUUAAUUCUACUAACCUAUAAGAGAUAGCUGUUCUACCAUCAGGUUACUCCACUGUAUUAACUACGUCAAUGUGCUUUAUGAAUGUAGAAUAAAUACACUGCCAGUUAAAUAUUCCCUUUAGAAGUUUUUUGAAGGGUGGUAGUGGUCCACAAUUUCACAAUUGAUGUAAUAUUGAACACUGUCUUGAGUAAGUUUAUAUGUCAUGUUUUAUGUUUUUUUAAGAAUAUAUCUGUACUACAGUGUCUGGAACAAAUAUUAAAAAUCUUGACUAAUGGAAA